AUGGUUCAGCAUCUGACAUAUCACUGUAGGAUGUCCUACAACACAGCUUCCAACAAAACUCAACUGUCACAAACCCCAGGUAACAGAAUUGUUUACCUUUAUACUAAGAAGGUUGGAAAAGCACCAAAAUCAGCCUGUGGUGUGUGCCCAGGAAGACUUCGAGAUGUUCGUGCAGUGAGACCUAAAGUUCUUAUGAGGCUAUCAAAGACCAAAAAGCAUGUCAGCAGGGCUUAUGGUGGCUCCAUGUGUGCUAAAUGUGCCCAUGACAGGAUCAAGUGUGCUUUCCUGAUUGAGGAGCAGAAAAUUGUAGUGAAGGUGUUGGAGGCAGAAGCAGAGUCAAAAAAGUAA